AUGACACCCAUAAAAACUGACCUAGAAGCUGAUAGAGUUACUGAACUGGAGACCUUACUUAGACCAGCUGUCGAGUUGAUAGCUCAACAUAUCAAAGACACUGACGAGAACGAUAAACCAAUUGGCCCCUACUAUCCCAACCCAAGAGACCUCUACCAAUCAUUAAAGCUUGAAGCAGACUUUAAUGGUGGCGGAAAGGACGAUGAGUUAGUAAUUCAAACAGUCAAGAAAGUUUUAGACUCUUCGGUAAACACAUGGAAUGCAGGGUUCAUGGACAAGCUCUAUGCUUCCACGAACGUGAUCGGAUUAGUAAGUGAUCUCUUAUUGAGUGCUUUGAAUACAAACUCUCAUGUUUUCACAGUAUCUCCUGCUGUUACCAUAAUAGAGAAAUACACUGCUAGACAGUAUGCUGGACUUUUUGGAUUUUUAGGACCCAGAGCUGGAGGGUUAACUUUUCCAGGUGGAUCCUGGUCUAAUGUUACUUCACUCCAGAUGGCCCGAAGCAGCUUAUACCCCGAUACAAAAGUUAAAGGUAACGGGAAUCAUCAUUUUGCUGUAUUUGCAUCAUCUCAUUCACAUUAUAGUGUUGAAAAAGCAUGUAUCCUGUUGGGAAUUGGGGCUGAGAAUUUGUUCAAGUGUAAGGUGGACAAAAAUGGUUGCAUGGAUGUGACAGAUCUCAGAGUGAAUAUUGAAAAAUCCAUUGCUGAAGGUUACACUCCGUUAUAUAUCAAUGCCACAGCUGGCACAACUGUUUUUGGCUCGUAUGACUCAUUUGAAGAUAUUCAUAAGAUAGCCAAAGAAUACAAAUGCUGGUUCCACAUUGAUGGUUCUUGGGGUGGUAAUGUCAUUUUCAGUGAUAGGGAGAAACAUAAGAUGAAGGGAAGCCAUUUGGCAGACUCAAUCACUGCUAACCCGCAUAAAAUGUUGGGUGUUCCAUGCACAUGUUCCUUUCUUCUAGUUCCAGAUGUCUCUAUAUUCCAACAGGCCAACUCCUUGAAUGCACCCUAUUUAUUCCAUAAUAAACACGAAGAUGACGAUGAAAAUUACGAUUUAGCAGAUGGAACUAUGGGUUGUGGCAGAAGAGCAGAUAGCUUGAAAUUUUAUCUCUCAUGGCUUUAUUAUGGUUCUGAAGGUUAUAAGGAAAGGGUAGAUCACGCCUUCUCCAUUGCCAGAUAUUUUACUUCCAAGAUUGUCAAUCGUAAAGGUUUCAAACUGGUGGGCAGUCCCGAACCUGCCUGUUUGCAAGUUUGUUUCUACUAUAAUCCAAAAAAUGAUUUCGAAAAUGGGUCAGAAAACACAAACGCUACUAGAUACAUUGCCACAGAAUUGCAUAAACAUGGGAAGUUUUUGGUAGACUAUUCGCCAAACCCUGAUGAUGUUGACAACCAGCAUGGAGAGUUUUUUAGAGUUGUUUUUAAUUCUCCAAUUCUAGAUGACAAGACGAUAGAUUCCUUGAUAGAUCUGAUAGAACAGACUGGAGAGGAAAUCGUUUGA